GCACUCUGUAAUUAAAUUCUCACACAUAUUUUUCCCUCUCUGACAGCUCAAAAUAAAGUCACCUUCACUACUUUCGUGCCUAAAAAGGCUCUUAUAAAUUUUUGUUUUGCUUUUUCUUGUUCCCUCCCUUGUCCCACAUCCUCCUUAUGCCCCUCACUAAUAUAGAGUGGCAACAACACUUUUCUCCAAAGGGUUCUUGAAUUUUUCUCCACAGCUAGUGUUUUUUUAAUAUUGAUGAGAUGAAUACUAGUACUAGUGCUAGUAAUAAUGCUCCUACUGCAACAGGAACAAAGUUCAUCAAAUGUGUUACAGUUGGAGAUGGUGCUGUUGGGAAAACUUGCCUUCUCAUCUCCUACACUAGCAACACUUUUCCCACUGAUUAUGUGCCAACUGUUUUUGACAAUUUCAGUGCCAAUGUCAAUGUUGAUGGGAAGAUUGUGAAUCUUGGCCUGUGGGAUACUGCUGGUCAAGAGGACUAUAACAGGCUUAGGCCUCUUAGUUAUCGAGGAGCCGAUGUCUUCCUGCUUGCUUUCUCUCUCAUAAGUAGGCCUAGCUUUGAGAACAUAUCAAAAAAGUGGGUUCCUGAGCUAAGACAUUAUGCCCCAUCAGUGCCUAUUGUUCUAGUGGGGACAAAACUGGAUUUAAGAGAGGACAAGCAGUUUAGAAGGGACUACCCUGGUGCAUGUACAAUUUCUACAGAACAGGGUGAAGAGCUGAAAAAGCAAAUAGGUGCAGUGGCAUACGUUGAGUGCAGUGCCAAGACACAACAGAAUGUGAAGGCCGUUUUUGAUACUGCAAUCAAGGUGGUUCUUCAUCCUCCAAAGACCAAGAAACAGAAAAGAAAACACAGAGCUUGCUGGAUACUUUAGUCAAAGUCACUGGAAGAGAGACGUUUGUACAUUAAUCUUUUCCAUUUUGGUGAGGUACUAAAUUCGUUUCCUUUUUUCCUAUUUGGUUUAUUAAGAAGUGCCAGUUUUCUCAGUUCAUAGUAUGCGUGAUGUGCUUGUUGAGCUUAUUACUGGCUUGUACAUGAUUUUAUGUGAUGGAAAGUGGGAAGAUGUUUGUUUGCCAA